ACAAAAUGGAACCCACCAGCAGUGUGAGGAGACCUGAAAGUGGCACAUGGCAGAGUGUGGCGCGAUGGAGACAGCAGCAAUGGGAGGCCGUACAGGGACCCAUGACACACUCUGGACCUGGCAGCAGCAUGAGGAGGCGGUUACAGGGGCCCAUGACAGAUUACGGGCCUGGCAGCAGCAUGAGGAGUCGUACGGGGGCCCAGCACCCUAUCACAAAAUGGAAACCCACCAACAGUGUAAGGAGACCUGAAAGUGGCACAUGGCAGAGUCUGGCGAUGAAGUCAGCAGCAAUGGGAGGCCGUACAGGGACCCAUGACACACACUCUGGACCUGGCAGCAGCAAGAGGAGGCGGUACAUGGGCCCAUGGCAGAGUGGCGAAGCGUAAGCAGCUUAAAUUGAAGGCCAUACAGAGGCCUAUGUUAAAAAGUCCCCCCAGCAGCAGUGUGGGGAGACGACUAUCAAGAGUCCAAUGGCAGAGUGGCGGAGCAGAAGCAGCUUCAAUUGAAGGCCAUACACAGGCCUAGGUUAAAAAGUCCCCCCAGCAGCAGUGUGGGGAGAC